AUGGAGUGGCCGGACGAGAAGGAGGUGUUGCUGGCGACGAUCCGUAGGCAGGAAGAGGAGGCCGCGACCCUCGCUAAGCGCUUCAAACUGCUGCAGAAGACGCUCAAGGAGCAGCAGAAGCUGCUUGACAGGUACCAGCACGCGCUCCGCACCGCACAGACCUCCUCUUCGAAGAACCAGCAAACUGCCACAACAAUUGACAAAACAAGUAACAAUACCAAAACCACUACGACUAUUGUCAAACCUAAAGAGGCAACUUCGACGUGGAUGAAGAAGAAGACAAGCGAUGUAUCGGGGUUAGAAACUAUUAGAGAAGCUCCUGCACCAGCUCUAGAGAAGCAGGAGGUUCAGGAGGCAAAAGAAGAGAAGAAAACAAUAUUCAAGCUUGCAGUAAAGAGAAGAAGUGGCGCACUGGCUGCCACAUGGGCCGAGGAGAAGCGGAGGAUGUUUAAGAAACCCAAAUGGGAGAAGACACUGGAGCUGACAAAUUCAGGUGCCAACAAGGAGAACGUGCGGACAGGGCAGACCACAGACAAGCGGAAGGGUUUUGCGUAUGUUGAGGUGGUGCGUAAUCGGGAAGAGAGGAAGGCGCUGCCAGGACACGACUGCAUGGAGUGCAAGAAGUAUUAUGAUGCACUAGGCGCACUUGGUGCGGUAGACGCUGCGGCGCACAAGAACAAAUGCUCACGUCAUCGAGCAAGGUUCGAGCCGUACCAGACACCGGAUGACUUCUGGAGACUGAGCUUUCCGGACUCCGAACCCGAACCAAAAUCACCUUCGCUAAUGUGA